AUGGCCUCUCUCGGCGAUGACUUGCUCAACACGGUCAACAAGCUGCAAGAUCUCGUCUUCAACACCAUCGGCAACGACUCAUUAGACCUACCCCAGAUUGUGGUGGUGGGAUCGCAGUCCUCAGGCAAAUCUUCCGUCCUGGAAAACAUUGUCGGUCGAGAUUUCCUCCCACGAGGCAGCGGCAUCGUCACUCGAAGACCGCUCAUCCUACAACUGAUCAACGUACCCGCCGACGAAGAAGAUGCCUCGGCAGAACCGCACACUUCUGAGAGCGUGGCCGAGCACGGCGAGUGGGCAGAAUUCCACCACCUGCCUGGCCGCAAAUUCACAAACUUCAACCAAGUCCGCGCAGAAAUCGAGAACGAGACGGCGCGAAUAGCAGGCAACAACAAGGGCAUCAAUCGACAGCCCAUUAACCUCAAGAUCUACUCGUCACACGUCCUCAACCUCACCCUCGUCGAUCUGCCUGGCCUGACCAAGGUGCCCAUCGGCGACCAGCCCACCGACAUUGAAAAGCAGACGAGGACUCUCAUCUCUGAAUACAUUGCCAAACCUAAUUCCAUCAUCCUCGCUGUCUCUCCUGCCAACGUCGAUAUCGUCAACUCGGAAGCUCUCAAGCUUGCGCGCCAUGUCGAUCCGAUGGGAAGAAGGACAAUUGGCGUCCUAACAAAACUCGAUCUGAUGGAUCAUGGCACAAACGCCCUCGACAUCCUCUCCGGGCGCGUGUAUCCGCUCAAGCUCGGUUUCAUUGGCGUCGUCAACAGAUCGCAACAAGACAUCCAGACGGCCAAACCAAUGUCGGAAGCUCUCAAGGCAGAGGCCGACUUCUUCAAGCACCACCCAGCCUACAGAAAUAUCGCCAUUCGAUGCGGCACGCAAUACCUCGCAAAGACACUCAACACGACCCUCAUGUCUCACAUUCGCGAUCGCCUGCCUGAUAUCAAAGCAAGACUGAACACACUGAUGGGCCAGACCCAGCAAGAGUUGGCAAGCUACGGCAGCAAACAAUUCAGCGGCAAAGAACACCGCGGAUCACUCAUCUUACAGCUCAUGACUCGUUUCGCGACAUCUUUCACCUCGUCCAUCGACGGCACAUCCUCCGAGAUCUCAACAAAAGAACUCUGCGGCGGUGCAAGAAUUUACUACAUCUUCAACUCCGUCUUCGGCAACUCCCUCGAAACCAUCGAUCCUACCCAGAACCUCUCCACUCUCGAUAUUCGGACGGCCAUCCGCAACUCGACCGGUCCUCGUCCAUCCCUCUUCGUGCCCGAGAUGGCAUUUGACCUCCUCGUCAAGCCGCAGAUCAAGCUACUCGAGAUACCUAGUCAGCGAUGUGUCGAGCUGGUCUACGAAGAACUGAUCAAGAUAUGCCAUACCUGCGGCUCACAAGAACUCUCCAGAUUCCCACGCCUGCAAGGCAAGCUCAUCGAAGUUGUGUCCGAGCUGCUUCGAGAACGGCUAGGUCCUUGCUCGUCAUACGUCGAAUCCCUCAUCGCCAUCCAGCGAGCCUACAUCAACACAAAUCAUCCCAACUUCCUCGGCGCAGCAGCGGCAAUGUCGUCAGUCAUCACCGAUCGCAACGAGAAAGAGAAGUCUACACAACGAGCAGAGGAGAAGCGGAGGCGUGAGAAGGCACGCAUGAAGCAGCUGGGCGUCAACGGCGCAUCGACACCAGACAUAAUCGAAGAGGAGGCGGAAGAGAAGACAAGUCUGACCGUGCGCGGCCACUCAAAAGCCAGCCGGAGCAUGUCACCCGCGGUCGGACGAGAUCACGGUCGUGAGAAUGGCAUCGCCGCGCCACGGGAUUCAUUCCUGAACUACUUCUUCGGCAAAGACGGCGCGCCCUCUUCGACGCCCUUGCCUCAGUCCUCCAAUCUGCCUCGACAUGUCAGCCAGAAUCUCGAGCCUAGCAUCACACAGAGCAUGCGCCGGACAGAACGGGCUAGUUUCUCCGACAUGCGCAGUCCCACACAUCACCGCGAGUAUAGCAAUGAGGACUUUGCUAGGGACAUGGAUCCUGUGGGUGCUGAUGCGCCAUUAUACUCUGCAGAUCCAACCGAGCCCGCCCUCACCGACCGCGAACAACUCGAGACCGAGCUCAUCCGUCGACUCAUCUCAAGCUACUUCAACAUCGUCCGCGAAUCCAUCGCCGACCAAGUACCCAAAGCUGUCAUGCACCUGCUGGUCAAUCACAGCCGGGACGAAGUACAGAACCGGCUGGUGUCAGAGCUGUACAAGGAGGAUCUUUUCAAUGACUUGCUCUACGAAGAUGACGGAAUCAAGAAGGAGAGGGAGAAGUGCGAGAAGCUGUUGUCGACGUACAAGGAGGCGGCGAAGAUUGUUGGCGAAGUGCUGUAG